CCCCGUGAUCAACAUCAUCACCUUCGACAAUGCGCCCUGCACGGCCCAGUCCGGAGAAAUGGGAACCUGCUACAGCCAGAAGGAGUGCGAAGGAUUUGCCGGGACCCCGUCAGGCACGUGCGCCAACGGCUUCGGCAUCUGCUGCGUGUUAACUGCGACUUGUGAUGGUACCAUUUCGGUGAAUGGUACCUACUUCACCAGCCCUGGUUACCCAUCUACUUACUCCACACCGGGCACAUGUAUGGUGGAGAUCAUGCCUCCUACAGGUACGUGCCAGAUCUUGUUGGAGUUCGAAAGCUUCAAUCUUAUGGGACCAGUUAACGGUGACUGUAACAACGAUACUUUUGUUGUUAUGGGAGCCAACGCUGGCAGUAAUAUCCCAGUCAUCUGUGGCGCCAACACAGGACAGCACAUGUACAUUGACGUUGACCAUGCAUCUGGUCCCUACAAGUUAAUGGCCACGACCUCCUCACUGGCUUAUGCUAGAAACUGGAAGAUCAAGGUAACCUUCUUAGACGAGAAUGACCCAUGCAAGGCUCCUCCUCGUUGCCUGCAGUACUAUAAGGAGACAUCAGGCUCCAUCACCUCAUUCAACUUCGGUCCUGAACCAAUGAUGCUCACAAAUCAGCAAUAUUGCAUUUGCUUCGGCUACAAUCCCGGCUUCUGCGACAUCGGCAUGAACUUCAACAGGCUGGAUCUCGGCAACAUUAAUGGCAAUUGUGGUAACGAUUACCUGGGCAUCGGCUCUGAGAAGUUGUGUGGAGACUUCGGUACUUUAACCGCUCAAGCCAACGCCACCGGCCCCAUCAACUUGUGCGUGUAUUCCGACGACAACAACGACCGCGAGGAGGAAGGCUUCAAUGUAAACUAUCUUAUGUUGGCGUGCUAAUAGCGGCGACGUUUUUAUUAUCAACCUUACCCCCCCCCCAUCCCCCUUUCUUCGCAAUCUCACCAAAAGCGACAACCACCAUGACGGCUUCCAUUCCCGUGGAAACUGUUGUGUGGAGCGGAUCGUGGUAAUGAGUGUCAUUUAAUUUCUCCCUUCACCCUUCCCCCACAACGACUCUGGGCAAAGAGUGAUUGUUAUGCAGUUCCUCCAGAACUUGCGACGGUGCGAGAGCUUCAGUAUGUGAGGCAAGAGUCACCUCUAUCACCAUGUGUAAUAUAGUGUACAAUAUGUGGGCAGCAAGAGACAUUGUAUAGCACUGUACAGAAUGAUUAUUAUUUUUGUAUCGAGUCAGGAAUGAAGCGAGUGAUGUUUGUGCGAGUGAACGUCUUUUGAAUGUUUAUUGUUGAUAUGUUUACACUACUAUCUGUUAAGUUAUUGAUAAUGUAAUUUAUUUUAUUUAUUAUAUUACUGAGAGAAACAAGGUAGCGAUAACAAUCUUUCGCUAUACUUCUCAGGGCAAUUAUGUGUCAAGCAGAGACAGUUUGUUACUGUAUCGAGACUAAUCCUACACCAAUAAAUGAAAAAAUAAAGUCGAUUUUUUUUUCCAUUCCUUCUUCAGCAGCUAUUCUGCUAACGUGAUGUUUGAUAGAAAUGCAUUGCAUCUUUCUCACAAGUGUGUAGCCGCUGUUAUCAACAUCAACAUGGCGUAACUGCUGGGAUUAGCAUUACGUGUAUAACAUCUGUAGCCACUGCCAUCAGCAUCAGCAUGGCGUAGCUGCUGGCCUCAGCAUCACGCGUAUAUCAUCCUUGGUUGACGGUUUCCUCGUGGGUUGCGAUAAGGAUAAUGGCCGUGUUCCUCCAUGUGUUUAUAUGUGCUGAAUUAGGCCUUGUCCCUAGUGUUGACGUAUAUAUGGAAGGAAGGGCGUCUCACGAAAGGGGGCUAUCACAGGUUUAUAGAACAGUUUGAGAGUGAAUACUGGCUUGACAACACGUACAUAAGGACCGAUCAGAGGACUUUUGUUAAAGGCCUUGACUGUUCCCGCUAUACGUAUGUAUCAUACACAUUCAUGUAUGGAUAUACAUUAGUGUCCGUGUAUAUUGUUGCUUACCUAAAGCAGUAGGGUAUAAUGACAUUCUUAGGAAACAGUAAUAUGUAUUCUUUCUGUAUUUGUAAUAUUAUAAGUACUGAUAUAAUCUUGUUAGUGAAUCUAAGUCGAAUUGUAACUGCAACUACAAUUAUUACUGUAUUAUUAUUGCAUUGAUUUAUGAUUAAUAUUGUAUUGAUUAUGUAUUGAUUACAUAUUUGACCGCAUUCCAAUAAACUGAGAAGCGAGUACGA